CCGAGAGUAAGAAGAAUAUUUGUGCAAGAAGCGAUGAAACAACGGGUACCAAAUUCGCUGCUAUCAUUUCUGACGCUUUACCAAACGGUUUUCGGUUUUAAAUUCGGAUGCACAAAAGUGAGAAAUAUAAGAUUCAAAACGGCAGCUCAUUGGUUUUCUAUCAUCAUGGGUUGUUUCAUGAUGUCGGCCUUAUUUUUGACAUUCACGGCGGUGCCAUCAGAUACAGGGAAUGGCCAUUAUUGGAGACUUAUAACAUUCGUGCAGUACAUACCGACUUUUUGCAUAUUGAUCUCGAUGAAGUACACCGUUUGUGAGUUCUUGGCAGACUUAAUUGUGGCACCAGAUUCUAAUAGAAUAGGGUUGGUGGCUUGGGUUUACACAUUAUUGAUGUUCUCAUUAAAAAUAAAUGGAGCAAUGUUGUAUUGUUCGUUGACGACAUGCACGGACAGUAGCAAAAUGGUCCUACAGUUUUUCGUUCAUGUCCCUAUGCUGGCCUUGGACGUUAUACCCGUGGUUAAUAGUCUUAUGUUCUACCACAUUUACACUCGAAUGAGGAAUUUGAAAAUUAAACUAUCGCAGCGUGAAAUUACUUUGAAACAAUUAGAAACUGAAUAUAAAGCUGUUGCAGAUUCUUUUGAUAAAUUUCGGGGAGGUUACGAUGCUAUGUUCAUUUGGGGGUUUUUAACCGACUCUCCUAAAUUUAUGCUUGUGAUGUGGAACUAUCUCCAUUCAUUGAAGACAUUUAAAUCAUGGCUGAUGAAAUCAUCAACAUACGUGUACGCGAUGCACGCUACGCUGCAGAUCUGCAUUCCGGCGGUAUUCGCCGAGAUGAUAACCGCUCAGACUGACGGGAUUCAAAUGAUUCUGCAUGAGUGGCUUGUGACUGAAAAAGAAGACACAUCAUCACCCGCUCGCACCCUGCGCUACAUCGAAGCGCGGCCACUCCUGCGCAAGGCGUGGCGGCUCCUGCCUCUGGAUCUGCGCCUGCCCACCAUCAUGCUCUCCAUGUGUGCUACGUACCUCAUCGUUAUCAUACAGUUCACACACCUUUACGACUAGUGCCGUAGAUAAAAACCUUCAAUAAAAGAGCGUUGUCCCACAGGUCGACAACGAUCUAACCCCUCUGGUGUCCAUGGGCGACGACAAUCGCUUGCCAUCAGGCGAUUCGUCUGCUCGUUUGCCUGCUAUAUCAUAAUAGUACAUUACGAUACAAGCGCGAAAAGUAGGGAAUUCGCAUCGAGUGGCGAUAAAUUGAAACUCGACCGAAGGGAGUGUUUUAAAUCGACACGAGUUGCAACUUGCGAAUUACCUUUUCGCGCUUUUAUUGUACAGCGUAUUACAGUACAUAUGGCCCUUUAAUUUUUUGUCAUAGGCACGUAAUGUCCUUUAUCCCGCCCUAGGGCGGUAAUGUAGCACCAUAUGUGCUGUAAAAAAAUUGUCAAUCAAUCAAUUCCUUCGUCUCUAACGAUUUGUUGAUAUUAAUAUUGAGAAACAGAACUGUGUAUAGUCCCUGAUGGUGUUCACUUAAUUAUACGGCAAAUGAUGAUGAUGGAAUUUCCUUUUGCAGAGUUGCUCCUUUUGACUCACAGAUUGAUUUAGGAAGGGGAGCCAAUUGAAUUUUUGAUGCAAAAUUUUGACUUAAGGGGGGGGUGCCCCCCGAAAUUUGUAAAAAAUAAAGUUUUGCUAUGUGGUCAAGUUUGGAAUCAUUUUCGUGUAACUCAAGGAUG